AAAACGUUGUCGUGUCGAAUAGUCUCGAAGUUUGUUGUAUUUUCUACUUUGUCUUUUGCCCUGUCCCACAGAGAGCUCCCAAAGCAUGUUUCGAAACAUUGAAAGUAACACCAGACGUAAAGAUUAAUAAAAAAAGCUACUGUUGCUAUCCCCUGUAAUUGUACCUUGUAGACGUAGAAGGUAAAGUCCUCGUGUGCAUAUACCCAAGCGCCACCAACAGCAAUAAAACAUUGAUGCGGUGUAUUAUUACACACACAUAACAGAAGAGAGACCAGUAGAAGGGAACACAGUGUACGAGGGUGUUUGUACUUUGAAAUGGGUUAUUCGACGUAGUCCCUAAAUGCAUUGAACUAAAAUGCAGUAAGGAAAACCAUGCUAGCAAACGUCUGGCUUCAUCAUUAGAUGAUUAGUGUGCGAUAGUGAAAGAAUAAGAGAGUGAGAGAGAGAGAGAGAGAGAGAGAGAGAGAGACAGAACGUGGUGUGUAACAUCGUGGUCGAUUACAACGUCGUGAUGAUCGAACAAUUCGGAGCACUAGGGAACUGCAUCCUGAUUGCGUGACGAUUAACAACGGAGUCAUUUAUAACCUUACAAUUGCUUUUUUUUUUAUCGUCCCACAGAGCUUUAAGCUUAUGUCCCUUCACAGUAUGUCAAAGUUCGAUUCAUCUAAAAUGUACGCAUUCAAGCCCUUUGUUUUCAUAAAGCACCAUGUAGUAGGUCCAGAAAAACCAAAAGCUCGCAGUGGACACAGAGUUGUCUGCGAUGAGAGAAAUCUAUAUUCUUAUGGAGGUUUUAAUCCCAGUAUUACGGCUAAUGAUCCGGAUAUGAGGAAUGAUCAAAAUUGGAGCAUCAGUAGGCCUCUGUUUAAAGAAAUUUGGAAAUUCAACUUUGUCACCAAGACGUGGAAACGUUUACCUUGCCAAAAAAUAAUGCCCAAUGAACUAGCUUCCAAUGCCAUUGUAUUAAAAGGUGUUACAUUAAUAAUUCAUGGCGGCACUGGAGUUCCUUUUGGCGAUAAUUGCAAUAAUAAUGUAUAUUUGUAUAAUGUUAACGGUGGAGAAAUGAAAAUUAUACCUGCAGAAGGUGAAUUACCAAGCCCACAGUAUGGGCAAGCUGUAAUAUGUCACGGACCCUAUCUAUAUACUGUCGGUGGGACAACUGGUGUUGAAUAUACGUGCGAUAUUCAUAGACUCAAUAUGCAAACUCAAGUGUGGGAGUCCGUUUAUAUUUGUGGUGGAAGAGAUCAGUGCGAACCGAAAGGCAGAUAUAGACAUGAAAUUGCAUUUGAUGGAAGAAUUAUUUAUGUAUUGGGUGGUGGUACUGCCUCCGAAGCUUUCAAUCUUGAAGAUAUCCCAGCUUUUGAUACUUUAGCAAAAAAAUGGAAAACGUUAUGUACCCAAGGUGAUUCAGAAAAUUAUCCAGCCCCAAGGCGAUGCCAUGGCUUAGUUCAGUAUGUAGAUGAAAUAACAGGUUCAACCUUGGCUGUUAUAUCCGGAGGAUACAAUGGUUCGCAAGUUUUCAAUGAUGUUUGGAGGCUGGAUUUAAAUAACUUAAAAUGGACCUGUUUGAGAACAUGUUUGUUACCGCAACCUGCUUAUUUUCAUUCUAUUGCACUUACUCCAGUAGGUCAAAUGUUUACAUUUGGUGGAAUAGUAAAAGAAGAAAAUGAGGUGGCAAGAACAGAUAAGGUUCAUUCGGUUUGGUUGACCAUACCAAAACUUUCAGAGAUUUGUUGGGAAGCCCUAAAUUUUUAUUAUCCUCAUAUAAAAGUAAAACCGCAAUCCUAUCUGUUACGAAUUGGUAUACCUUCAAAAUUUGUGCAAAGGUUGGAAGAUACACACUGAUAACAGUAGCUUCAAUUUAGUAUAAUUAAAUUUUUUAUUUGCUAUAAAUUUAA